GUAGUUAGAGCCAGCCAAGUGCGGACGGCGAUGAGAGCCAAAGUUGAGCUGGGUUCGGCGCCGGGGGCCUGAGGCGGCUCGGCGCGGGGCGGGUCCGGGUCACUCCAAGCCCCCAACUCGCGCCUGCGGGCUCCCCGGCGCUCGCCCCGCCCGCGCCCCCUGCCCGCGCGGCCCGGCGCCCGCGCCUCGAGAGCCGGGGUCCCCGUCACUUCGGCCCGGCCCCGGGCCCCGCCGAUGCCGGCCAUGGUGGAGAAGGGCCCCGAGGUCUCCGGGAAGCGGCGGGGGAGGAACACCGCGGCCGCCGCCGCCUCGGCCGGCGCUUCGGUCGCCGCCUCGGCCGCCGCCGCCGCCGCCUCGGCCGCCGCCGCCUCGGCCGCCGCCGCCGCCUCGACCGCCGCCCCCAAUAAUGGCCAGAAUAAAAGUUUGGCGGCGGCCGCGGCGCCCAAUGGCAAUAGCGGCAGCAACUCCUGGGAGGAGGGCAGCUCGGGCUCGUCCAGCGACGAGGAGCACGGUGGCGGCGGCAUGCGGGUGGGACCCCAGUACCAGGCGGCCGUGCCCGACUUCGACCCCGCCAAACUGGCAAGGCGAAGUCAAGAACGAGACAAUCUUGGCAUGUUGGUCUGGUCACCUAAUCAGAAUCUAUCAGAGGCAAAACUGGACGAGUACAUCGCCAUCGCCAAAGAGAAGCACGGGUACAACAUGGAGCAGGCUCUUGGGAUGCUCUUUUGGCAUAAGCAUAAUAUUGAAAAAUCAUUGGCUGAUUUGCCCAACUUUACACCCUUCCCAGAUGAGUGGACUGUGGAAGAUAAAGUGUUAUUUGAACAAGCCUUUAGUUUUCAUGGGAAAACUUUUCACAGAAUCCAACAAAUGCUUCCUGAUAAGUCUAUAGCAAGUUUGGUGAAAUUUUACUACUCAUGGAAGAAGACAAGAACUAAAACCAGUGUGAUGGAUCGUCACGCCCGGAAACAAAAGCGGGAGCGGGAAGAGAGUGAGGAUGAACUGGAAGACACAAAUGGAAGUAACCCCAUUGACAUUGAGAUUGAUCAGAACAAGGAAAGCAAAAAGGAGGUGCCACCUACUGAGACAGUUCCUCAGGUCAAAAAAGAAAAGCAUAGCACACAGGCCAAAAACAGAGCAAAAAGGAAACCUCCACGAGGAAUGUUUCUUUCCCAAGAAGAUGUGGAAGCCGUUUCUGCCAAUGCCACGGCAGCUACCACGGUGCUCAGACAGCUGGACAUGGAGCUGAUCUCCAUCAAACGACAGAUUCAGAAUAUUAAACAGACGAAUAGUGCUCUCAAAGAAAAACUUGAUGGUGGAAUAGAACCUUACCGGCUUCCAGAGGUCAUCCAGAAAUGCAAUGCCCGGUGGACCACUGAAGAGCAGCUCCUCGCUGUCCAAGCCAUCAGGAAAUAUGGGCGAGAUUUCCAGGCAAUCUCAGAUGUGAUUGGGAACAAGUCAGUGGUACAGGUGAAAAACUUUUUUGUAAAUUAUCGACGCCGCUUCAACAUAGACGAGGUUUUACAAGAAUGGGAGGCAGAACAUGGUAAAGAAGAGACCAAUGGGCCCAGUCACCAGAAACCUGUCAAGUCCCCUGACAGCGCUGGCAAGGUGCCGGAGGAGGAGGAGGAGGCUGCUUCCGUCCUGGAUGUAAGAUACGCCUCUGCCUCGUGAGCGCGUGGGGAGCUCUGAACACUUGGUAUGGACUCCACGAUGUUAUCCAGGAUAUCAGGUAUUACAAGACAUCACCUAGCCGUCUGCAUCACAUCUCUGUGGACAAGCAGCUAUUACCAAAAAAGGCAUACACCUCCAGUCCUGCGCUACAUCUGCCUUAAGUCCUUGCUCGUUCCCCCAUGUUGGCGCCACUUCUCAGAGAGCUCUGUAUCGUCUCACUCUGCCUACUGCUGGGGAGCCCACCCGCGCGCACGCCCCCAGCGCCGGGCCAGCGCCCAGCCGCAGCCCUCGAGCGGCCGCAGCACAGGUAGUCAGGAAGGCCCGGCCCUGUCCCUGCAUGGCCUGCAGUUUCUACUUUGUGCAUAUUGCGAUUCUCAGAGUAACCAGCCUUGCCGGCCUUCUAGAACAUUUCUCCUUCUUUACUGGGGCAGCCACCUAAGUAGUAUCAUGCUUCCUUAGAAAUCAUUCGUUUAUUGGCAGACUCCUCAUGACCCUUAUUCUACCAGCCAUCUUGAUGCAGCUCACAGUCCCCCCCAUGUAGAAUUAGGGCUUAGAAACUGGGUGGCCCCUUCCCCUGUCUUCUAACUCUGUCCCCUUUCUCCCUUCUCAAGUGGUAAACGCUCAUUCUCAGCAACUGUCCUUGGACACUGUAGUUUAACAGGAAUGCGGACCUCGGCGCUUACUGCCAUCAGCCUUCAGCAUUGCGAUUCCAGGGUGGGUGCACCCCAUCUUUUCCUGACCCCCCGAGCCACCAUUGCCACCCCCACCCCAGGAGAUUCGGUCCUUAUCACUGUACCUGGUGCUUGUCCAUUGGGAAUUGGUGCCUUCUUCUCUUGGCAACCAUGUUAUCCAUCCUUUUCUGUUCAAGUGUCUUACUUAAUGUGUAUUGCUUGCCAAAGACGACGUUGCUGAGACAGCUGUGGGGAGAGCUGGAGGCCCCGCGGCGGCGGCUCUCAAACGUCAGGCUGGUGCGGGAUAUUAGAACAGCUGGAGAUGGUUUUUUACAAGAGACACACCAUUGGUUGCCACCGUCUUGGUGUGGCUGCGGGUGUCCUCUGUGUCAUUGGUGUUCAGUGUGGUCCCACAAAUGUCAUAGCCUCUCUUCUCAGCAGAGUUCAGGACAGAGAGGCAUCAGUACUGGUCCGCUGAGACCAGGACAAAAAGAAUCCUUCUGCAGUGCUCCAGAAUGCAUUUAGAAAGGACGCGCGAGGAACAGCUGAGUUCCUCGUGGAAUUUGAACGCCUGCCUAGGGGCUGGAGAGGUGUCGGCCAGUGGGGGGGAGCCUUCUUGUUGCAUCAUUUAAGUCAUUUUUUUCUGCUUUGAAUACCAAAAAGGAAACAAAAAUAGAUGCUUUAAUGCAUAAACAAUUUUUAAGAAUUUAAAUAUGCAAUCGAGAUGGAUGUGUUUUGAGUCUCAAGCACCUUGCUCUUUUGUUUUCCUUCGGUCCACUGAUUUUUUUCCUUUAGGAAGAGGUUCAGUAGAGGUGUAGGCUUGGGGGGCUCGGCCGUCCUUCCGAGGCGUGUGGAGGAAGCUCUGGGGAGGGGGCGCAGCAGGGCCUUCCGGUCCUGGUGCUUGUCGUGCGCUUUUGCCCGGAGCCCUUGUGAAGAUGGGCACCAGGGCUUGGCUGCUGCUCCCACCUGACCGUGGGUAGCAGAGCCACACCAGGCCCAGCCGAGUUUUCCUUGUGGUAUCACCAGCCUGCUGUGGAGCUGUAGGGUGGUGGGAAAGGCGGGUGGGAGGGGCCCCUGCCCCAGCCUCCGCUCUCCUUGCUUUCCUGAGUGCUCACCCGCUAGCAGGUGUGGCCAGCACUUAGGCAGCGGCUUUCUCCCUCCGCCCGUGGUUCUGUUUCUCUUCUCCAUGCCCACGCUGUUCUCUUAAAAUGCAAUCCUUCCUCGUGGCAAUACCUAGAAGGAACGCUAACCCUCAGGAGGUGUGGCAGGCAGAGCAGCAGUGCUGGACACUGUCCCCCUGGGUGGUUCCUGCCAUGAAAUGGCCUCUGGCCCUGAAAGCCACGUGCUGGUGAGCUUGUGAUCAUGGUAGCCCACCCAAGGGAGAGCGGCACGGAUUCUCAUUGGACAGGGGGAAGUGUGGUCUUCGCCUAGCUGCUUUUGCCGUGGUCUCAUGUAUACAGUAGCACUGUGCUUUAAACUCUUCAUUGCAUUGUCUUCCUGGUGAGACAGUGCAAGAAACCACUUCGCUCUCAGAGCUGGGUGGUCUGGUCUUACCUACGUGAAGACGCUAACAUAUCAAGGAUUAGGUGCGUGGGCAGGGUGCGUUUGGACGUGAUAACUGCUCCAGAUAGAACGUCACUCAAGCUUUGUGUUCUUAAAAUGAUCAAUGUGAAUGUCAUAAUUAUAUAUAUUUUUUUG